GAACGCGACACCUCAUCAAUAAAGUGAUUCCCAGGUUCCUCCGGCAGCAUGGCGGUGGGUACGACGGACGCGGAGACUGACGGACUGCGGCGCCGACACGUACAGGGCCAGAACCAAGCGGCGGGUGAGGCGCCCGAGCGCGCGCAAGCCUCGCCGCCGCGCCGCGCCGCGCGGCCCCAGAAGGGCUUCGUGGAGCUGCUCAUGUCGCCGCUGAGCUUCGUGCUGGGCGACGGCGAGCCCGAGGACCCGCAGGCCGCGGCGCGCAACUUCACGCACAGCCUGCGCCGCCGCUACGGCGAGAACGUGACGCCGCGCUUCGAGCACACGUCGUUCCGGGACGCGGUGAGCACGGCGCGCACGGCGUCCAAGUUCCUGCUCGUGUUCCUGCACUCGAACAUCCACGACGACGCGGACGCCUUCUGCCGCAAGGCCAUGUGCACGGAGCGCAUGAGCGCCUACCUGAACAACAGCGACUGCAUCGUGUCGUGGGCGGGCUGCGUGCAGCACGCGGAGGGGUUCGGCGUGAGUCUGUCGCUCGGGUGCGCUACGUUCCCGUUCCUGGCGCUGCUGUCCUGCGUGUCGCGCGGCAUCAACGUCGUGGAAAAGAUCACAGCUAACUUGCCGGUGGACGAGAUCAUUGAGAAGUUGAACGCGGCGGUGGACCGCAACAACCAGAUCUUGGCCACGGCGCGCCACAUCCGCCAGCAGCGGACGGAGGCGCAGAUCCUGCGCGAGCAGCAGGACCGGGAGUACCAGGAGUCGCUGGCGGCGGACCGUCGUCGAGAGCAAGAAGCGCGUGAACAGGCUGAGCGGGAAGAGAAGGAGCGGCUGCGGAAGGAGGAGGAGGAGCGACGCGCAGAAGAGGAGGCCCGUCGCGCUGAAGAGGAGAAAAUCCGCCAGGAGCAAGAGUACAAGGCGGAGAUCGAGGUCAAGCGUGCUCGGAUCGCCGACGGUCCGAAGACACGCGCACUGCCUGGCGCGGACUACAAGACAGCAGUGAUCAAGUUUCACCUACACAACGGUACUCGCCUCGACCACAUCUUCUACGCCCACGACACACUGAAGACAGUGCGCGACUUCAUCGACGUGGAGUUCUUCGACCGCGAGAUCACAAUCCGGAACUACGAGUUGGCCACGAACUUCCCGAAGAAGGUUUACGGACCAGAUCUCCUGGAUGUCACCCUCGCUGAUGCGGGCCUUGCGCCCCAGGCGCUCGUGUUCGUGCAAGACCUCGACUCGUAGACGCAUUAGAGGACCUGGAAAUGAAUGCCAAAUGCCAGCACGAGCGAGCGAGAUCCCCGGUGGGGAUAAUUUAACGGCUACCUCUUCGCCUGCCUUACCUAGGUACCCUGCUGCCCGAUAAAUGAAUACGAAAAACAGAGCAAUCAUGCAUUAAUGG